AUGUCAAACGCCAGCGACUCCCCCCGAAUGGAACAUCCCACCGAACCCCACGAUAUCACCCGGGCGUCGUAUCACAGCGGAAUGGGAGAUAUUCCACUACAACCCACCACUCAGCAGACCCGCAGUUCUUCCGAGAGCAAUGGUGCCUCGCUGAAGAGUCCGCGCACAGCUAGAUUUGCCGAGGCCACGACGGUUCACUCGCCCAUCGACCAGCCCAGGUCACCUUUCGCCGAUCCACCCAGGACAGGCGGAGUUGGAGAUGUUGGCUUUGGCUAUGUGAACACCCCGCACGUAGCCGUCGAGCGGCCUCUCUAUUCACCACUAGCGUCGCCGCUACCACCAGGGUUAAAGGUUCCAAAUACGGCAAAGUCGCUGAACCCCCUCAGCCCAACUUUCCGGGAGGAGUAUAUGCUUGAGAAACAAGAGGCGACUAGCAAGAAACACAAUGCUCGCGACAUGAGAAUCAAACUCCGCGUCCGCAUAGCGAAGGUCUUCCUUCGCUUCGUCAACUUCGGCUGUAGUCUGAUCGUACUGUCUCUUUUGGCAGUGACUUUGACCGUUUUCAAUGCAACCAAGUCCCUGCCGACUCGCAACAGUCUUCCCGCCUGGGCAGAAGGUACCAAUCCAUGGGCGCAGUAUCUACUUCUGGCCAUGGCUUGUGUCUCACUCUUUGCCUGUUUGAUCGUCUUUUGGGGCUACUAUAAAGGCGGUCACAAGCGUGCGGAAAAGACGGCUGUCUACUACUCGACGUUCACGAUCGGUUUUUUCGUCUUCGAUUUUAUCAUGUGGAUUGUUGCGGCAGGAAUCUAUCAGCACUCCAAAUCCUCUGGCAACAGUAAGGAUCUGUGGGGGUGGUCCUGCGCGCAGAAUACGCGUGAGGAGCUCUAUCACGAUCAGAUCGACUAUGCACUUCUCUGUCGUCUUCAGGACUGGGGCCUCGUCUGCGCCAUCAUCGAAGUUGUCAUCGAGCUCAUCGUCCUCUUGAUUUAUGCCUUCGUCGCCUACCGGCUCUGGUCCAAGCGCAAGCUGAUGAAAGCAAUGGACACCCGCGACAAGGCCCGUUCUGAUCUCUACCUCGCCCAUCUGCGUAUGCAGUCGGCACCAAAUACGCCCGGCUUCCCUGGCUUUGCACCUUACCCACCCAAAUCCCCCUUCUACGCAGCCCACCCGGUUGAGCCAUACCCAACUGCUGAGAAGGGCGAGAUGCCAACAACCCAGUAUGCCACGCCUGCCUCGCCCACCAAGCCCAAGCCCACCUUCCAGCUACAAGCACCUCCCAUCCGCAUCCAGCACCCAACACCCAAAGCUGCCCAAGAAGAGUUCAGCGCGCCCGUGCCUGCUCGCUCCGUCUCCCCGCCUGACCAAACCCAGACUGAGAAUGACCACAUGGCCGCUGCCCCAGGCGAGGCUAGCUACGGGUCUGUGCCGAUCCCCGGCGCGUAUGCUAGCCCAAUGGUCCCCAUGUACCCGCCUCCCCACAAUUAA